AUGACCCCAACAGUUCAACCCAUUUUAUACGAAACCAAGGCAGCUGCUAAGGAUGCUCAAAGAGACAAUAAGAUAGAGGAUCUUGAGGCUAAGAUUGCAGAGAAGGAGAAAGAGAUUACAGAGGGAGAAGCCUCUACUGAAGGUCAAAAGACCCCUACUGUUCAACCAACUCUCUACAAUACCAAGGCUGAUGCAAAAGUAGUUCCUGAUGAAAAAGUAGUUCCUAAAGUAGAGACUCAGUUGGGGCUUGAAAAGUUGUUCACACUGGAGCUACUAAUCCUUCGGGGGCUUGAAAAGGUGUUUUUGCAUUUCUCGCUUGAAGAUCAAAGAGACAAGAAUAUGGAUGAGAAGGAAGCUCAAAGAGACAAGAAUAUGGAUGAGAAGGAUGCUCAAAGAGACAAUAAGAUAGAGGAUCUUGAGGCUAAGAUUGAAGAGAAGGAGAAAGAGAUUGAAGAGAGAGAGAAACUGAUAGAAGAGAUAACAGUCAUUUCAGAUUCCGAUCAAAUCUCUCAUCCAGAGUCUAAGAUAGAGGCUGUGAUAGCCGAGAUUGAUAAAGUGAUAGCCGAUCGUAUAUCUAAGAUGGAGGCUGUUAAUAAAAGACUACUUGAUCAAAUACAUCAUAAUGAUUCAAUUCUCAAACAGGAUAAUGAUUCAAUUCUCGAUAAAGAGAAUUUUAAACACGAGUAUAAUCGUAUUAUCAAUCUAGAUUAUGAUAUAAUGCUACUUAUGUUUAAGAAAAUAGUUAAUGAUGUUGUUUGCGAGGCUAAAAGAGAUUAUCUAGAGAAUGAAUUAAGAAUACUAGAGAAUGAUAAAAGACUACAAGAGAAUGCACUAUAUGAAAAUAAUAAAGGAGCCAUUAUAUCUGAUAUUAUCGAUCUUCAUAUUAAUACUUAUAAUGAGAAUUUAAGAUUGGAUUAUGAAAUAAGUGAAAUAGAGAUUAAUAAAUAUUUACUAAGGAUAAAAAUACCACUAAAACAUAACCGAAGGAUAUCCCGUGGAAGUGAACCGAUGUACACUAGUACUCCUAAACCUGAUGAAUAA